GCAGAAAGAGCUUCAUCUUUUCUUGGAACAAACAGCAUCGACCGAUCCACGAACAGGCUCUGUUUCAUCACUUUGAUCCAAACAAGAAAGGACAACAGUUUGAACAUAGGCCACCACCUACAAAUCCACCCUCAAGGACAGAACCAAAAUCGCGAGCAAAUCUGAGAGAAAAGGAAAAUUUACACACACUCAAACAUUCCCAACAAAGUGAUGAAGCCAUAUCUGCAGUAAAAACGAUCAGAGAAAUGCAAACAGGUACACAACGUAGCAUAGAGACAGAGAUCAGUAGUCGGAGAGAUAGUUUUGGAGAAAUACUAUCUUCAACCUCUAGAGAAACCAAAGAUCUGGUAUUUCCCAGCUGUACCGUGCCACCUGAGUCCUUACGAGAUCCGCUGCAAAAAGAUUCAGACGGAACUCGUCCCAUCCUUCAGCAAUCAGUCGGAACCUCUGUGAAAUCUACUCCAGACCAUACUCAUGAUAAAUCCUCAGAACUACACGGCUGUCAUGGGAAGAUUUUUCCAGAUACCCCGCAGCCUGUACUGGCGACACAAAUCUCGGUAAGCCCCCCUCCUGUUGUUCUAUUGAGAGGUGUCGCUCGUUACGGGAAGAUAUCUGAUGAAUUAGGUGACCUUCAAGUUUGGGACCCUGAAUACAAAGUUCAAGGUGAUAUUCAAGAGAAGCUGUUUCGAAUGCGUAGAGAUAGCCCUGUGACUGGAGUACGAAUCAUAAGGUACAGUGAUGGCAGAACUGAGUGUCGCCUUCAUCGAAAUAUAAAACCUCUUUCGCUAGACAGGGAAAUAACGCUAGCUGCCGAUGAAAAACUCGUAUUAAAGACUCGUGUGCGCGAAGGAAAGGUCUCUUUUGAAGACGCCGAUGUACAGUUUAAGUAUGCAAAUUUGUAUAUUCCUCAAUACAUUAUCGAUAGUUUUACAGAAAAGGAUAAUGGUAAACUAGUGUACAUUAUUUCAGAUAGGGAAGACAAAUUUCGAAGUGUAGCAAAACGUGAGGGUGUUUGCGUGAAAGCGAAAGAGGUUGGGGAGAAAGGGCUUUUCUUUUGUUUUCCCGGGAGUUUUUAGGGGUUUGCAUUUUCUUUUUGUUUGACAAAGUCAACUUGAUACCUAAGAAGGAAUAACAUCCAUUUCCUAAAGUUACAGCUGUGGCUAUCAGUUAUGAAUUUUCUUUUUGAAACUAAUUACCAGAUAAUCAGAUUUUUUUCUAUGAAAUGAUCAGAUAUAAUAUCGCAUAAAUAUAAUGUUAAUGUAUUUACCUUUCUUCACAAAAGUAUUUAGAAUUUCGUAAUUAGUCCACUCAUUAUAACAUAGCCAAGAAAUCAUAGUAGUCUUCAACUUUCAUUGAACUCGCUCAUAGCCUCUUCCAGUUGUCCAGUCCGUGAAACUAAGCAUGAGAUAAAUGGCGCGAAGGUUGCGGCUGAGCAAACUUGCGACUUGCGACUUGGCCCUUACAGAUUGUGUAUGUAUACCUUUUGGCAUGAUCAGAAAAAAACGAGUACAAUUUUUGCUCCUUUUUCAAAAAAAAGCACUGCAGCCUAUUCAGCAUAUUUUAGUUGUUUUUUUUUUAAUGGAACAUAAUCAGUCACGAAACGUGGUGCUAACAUCGUAAAUUUACAUACAUUAAUUCACUGGAGUUUUUUGUCAGAACAAGGGUGCUUCUCCAAAUGAAGUGAAAUAUCAUGCUCUAUUAACCUUAAAUAUAUAAUUUUAAGCAGAAUUUUAAAACAAUCGUGCAGUGCUAGUAGCAUAACAUGCUACUUUUGCUAGGACAGUAAAUAUAUAUUGCAUAUUGAUUUACAGAAAUAGAAGAGAUAAUAACGGCAUAGGGUAAAAUAUGGACUGGACGAUUUUUUUGGACUAUUUUUUGGACGAUUUUUU